AUGCCACCACCCGGGCUCCAUCCACGCGUCCUGCUCCUGCUCUGCUUCGUCUCCGGCGUAGCGGGCAACAUGUUCUCGUUCACCGAGGAGCCCUCUGACAGAGUGGAGAAGGCGGACGGCUACUGCAGUCGGAUAUUACGGGCUCAGGGCAAUCGGAAAGAGGAGAACAGCGAGUUUCGCCUGCGCGUCGAAGGAGACCCGGAGAGCUACCAGCCGGGGAGCACCUACGGAGUGACUGUGAGCGCAUCCAGCCCCUCCUACUUCAGAGGGUUCAUCCUCAUAGCCCUGAAGGAGGGCACAGUAGGAGACAGGGACGAGGACUACGUUGGAAAUUUCCAGAUAAUUGAUGAGGAGGAAACACAAUUCAUGACCAACUGCCCCCCUGCAGUGACGGAGAGCACUCCUCGCAGACGCACCAGCAUCCAGGUGUUUUGGACGGCUCCCUCGAGUGGCUCCGGCUGUGUCCUCCUCAAGGCCAGCAUUGUGCAGAAGAGGAUAAUCAACUUCCAGGAUGAAGGCUUACUUACCAAGCGGAUGUGUGUGAAAGAAUCCCAGUACGGAGAUUCCACAGAUAGACCUCUGCUCGACUGCUGUGCCUGCGGAACAGCAAAGUAUAGAGUCACCUUCUAUGGGAACUGGUCGGAGAAGAUUCAUCCCAAAGACUAUCCCCGUCGUGCCAAUCACUGGUCAUCUAUAAUCGGUUCGUCCCACUCUAAGAAUUAUGUGCUGUGGGAGUACGGUGGCCUUUCCAGUGGUGGAGUUAAGCAGAUAGCUGAGCUGGGCUCCCCUGUCAAAAUGGAGGAGGAGAUCAGACAGAAGGGUGAUGAUGUCCUGACAGUCAUUAAAAUGAAAGCACAGUGGCCGGCCUGGCAACCAUUAAAUAUACGGGCCGCUCCUUCAGCUGAAUUCUCAGUGGACCGGACCCGUCACCUCAUGUCCUUCCUGACCAUGCUGGGGCCCAGUCCGGACUGGAAUGUGGGUCUGUCUGCUGAGGACCUGUGCACCAAGGAGUGUGGCUGGUCCCAGAAGGUGGUCCAAGACCUGAUCCCCUGGGAUGCAGGCACUGACAGCGGGGUGACAUAUGAGUCUCCCAACAAGCUCACUGUGCCUCCGAAUAAGAUCCGUCCUCUGACCAGUCUGGAUCAUCCACAGAGCCCGUUUUAUGAUCCUGAGGGGGGCGCUAUCACUCCUGUGGCCAGGGUGGUGGUGGAACGCAUUGCAAGAAAGGGUGAACAGUGCAACAUUGUGCCGGACAAUGUGGACGACAUUGUAGCAGAUAUUGCCCAGGAGGAGAAAGAUGAAGAUGAUACCCCUGAGACGUGCAUCUACUCCAACUGGUCUCCAUGGUCUGCCUGCAGCUCGGCUACUUGUGAAAAGGGCAAGCGGAUGAGGCAGAGGAUGCUGAAGGCCCAGUUGGACCUCAGUGUUUCCUGCCCACAAACUCAGGAUUUUGAGCCUUGCAUGGGUCCUGGAUGCAGUGAUGAGGAUUCUUCCACCUGUAUGAUGUCCGAGUGGCUCAGCUGGUCCCCGUGCAGCUUGUCCUGCGGAAUGGGCACACAUUCCAGGGAGCGUUACGUCAAACAGUUUCCUGAUGACGGCUCACUCUGCACGCUGCCCACAGACGAAACUGACAACUGCGUGGUCAAUGAGGAAUGCUCUCCCAGCAGUUGCCUGGUUACAGAGUGGGGCGAGUGGGACAUUUGCAGUGCCACUUGUGGUCUCGGCAAGAAGAGGAGAGAGCGCAGGGUGAAGAUGCCUCCUCAAGAUGAUUCCAUUUGUGGGGCAGAGGUGCUCGAAGUGGAGAACUGCAUGAUGCCAGAAUGUCACACAAUCCCCUGCAUGCUGACUCCAUGGUCUGACUGGAGCGACUGCAGUGUGACGUGUGGCAAGGGGCUGAGGACGAGGCUCCGCGUGCUCAAGUCCCCAGUGGAACUGGGGGAGUGCACGGAGGAUUUAGAACAGGUGGAAAAGUGCAUGCUGCCAGAGUGUCCCAUAGACUGCGUCAUGUCGGAGUGGACCGACUGGUCCGAGUGCAACAAGUCCUGUGGGAAGGGUCAUACCAUCCGCACACGCAUCUUGAAGCUGGAGCCACAGUUUGGAGGAGACUCGUGUCAGGAAACUAUCCAGAGGAAGAAGUGUAAGAUCAGGAAGUGCAGCCGAGGACAAGCCAACAGCGACGAGAAGAAACAGCGCAAGGAACAGCGUGAGAAGAGGAGGAGCAAACAGGGCAGAGUGGAGACCACCUCUGAUCAUCCAGGUUGUAAAAUGAGGCCGUGGUCGAGUUGGACAGAAUGCACCAAGCUGUGCGGCGGCGGUAUUCAGGAGCGGCUCAUGACAGUGAAGCAGAGGUUUAAGACGGCCCAGCUGUCCAGCUGCAAGGACAGGAAGGAGAUCAGGGCUUGUAACGUGCACCCCUGCUAG